UCCAAGAUGGCGGACUAAGCGACGUGUCUUUCCGGAGAAGUUUCACAUUUACGAUCUUAUAGAUUCAAAAAUAGCAUCAAAUACCUCAACUAUUUGCCUUUUUCUAAGCCCACGAAACGGACUUUGAGUGUGGAGCGAUGGCGUGUUACCUGAAGUGAAGAUUGAAGACGUGAUAGAAGAUGAACGACUACUGCUAUGCUAAGAUGGCGACGUCCGCUAAAAGAGAACAUGAAAGAGAAUCAGCGCCACCAACUUCAAGCAAAUCACCAACGGAGAUAAAGACGAAAGAUGAAGACGUCCAGCAGCUGAUCGGUAAUCCAGAAGAAGUUUCCCCUCAGUUAGGGGGGAGCUCCACUUUGAAGCAGGAGACUCCACAACCACCCUGCAUUAAAAAGGAAGAGGAGGAACUCUGCAUCACUCAGGAGGGAGAGUGUCUUCUAGGACGAGAGGAAGCUGAUUACACCAAGUUUCCACUGAGUAUUCUCUCUGUGAAGACUGAAGAUGAUGAAGAGAAACCACAAGUAGACAACCUCUUAGCUCCACUGUCAGAUAGUGAGGCUGAAGACGAGGUUGAAGAACCUUUGAGCAGCGAUACAGACUGUGAAGGUGAUAUGAGGACUCACACUGACAAAAAACACUGCUUUUCAAAGAAGAGAGGUAAAAAAUGUUUGAGCUGCUCAGUUUGUGCUAAAAGCUUUUCUCAAAAGAGUAAUUUGACUCAACACAUGAGAACACACACAGGUGAAAAACCAUUUAAUUGUUCAGUUUGUGGCAAAAGCUUUUCUCAAAAGUGCCAUUUGACUGAACACAUGAGAACACACACAGGAGAAAAAACAUUUAGUUGUUCAGUUUGUGGCAAAAGCUUUCCUACAAAGAGCCGUUUGACUCAACACAUGAGAACACACACUGGUGAAAAAUCUUUUAAUUGUUCAGUUUGUGGCAAAAGCUUUUCUUUUAAGAAGUAUUUGAAUCGACACAUGGGAACACACACAGGUGAAAAAACAUUUAGUUGUUCAGUUUGUGGCAAAAGCUUUUCUACAAAGAGCCAUUUGACUCAACACAUGAGUACACACGCAGGUGAAAAACCUUUUAAUUGUUCGGUUUGUGGCAAAAGCUUUUCUCAAAAUAGACGUUUGACUGAACACAUGAAAACACACACAAGUGAAAAAACAUUUAGUUGUUCAGUUUGUGGCAAAAGCUUUUUUACAAAGAGCCAUUUGACUCAACACAUGAGAACACACGCAGAUGAAAAACCUUUUAAUUGUUCAGUUUGUGGCAAAAGCUUUUCUCAAAAGAGCCAUUUGACUCAACACAUGAGAACACACACAGGUGAAAAACCUUUUAAUUGUUCAAUUUGUGGCAAAAGCUUUUGUCGAAAUAGAUAUUUGACUGAACACAUGACAACACACACAGGUGAAAAAACAUUUAGUUGUUCAGUUUGUGGCAAAAGCUUUUAUCAAAAUAGAUAUUUGACUGAACACAUGAGAACACACACAGGUGAAAAAACAUUUAGUUGUUCAGUUUGUGGCAAAAGCUUUUCUACAAAGAGCCAUUUGACUCAACACAUGAGAACACACACAGGUGAAAAUACAUUUAAUUGUUCAGUUUGUGGCAAAAGCUUUUCUCAAAAUAGAUAUUUGACUGAACACAUGAGAAGACACACAGGUGAAAAUACAUUUAAUUGUUCAGUUUGUGGCAAAAGCUUUUCUCAAAAUAGAUAUUUGACUGAACACACGAGAAGACACACAGGUGAAAAAACAUUUAGUUGUUCAGUUUGUGGCAAAAACUUUUCUACAAACAGCCAUUUGACUCAACACAUGAGAACACACACAGGUGAAAAACCUUUUAAUUGUUCAGUUUGUGGCAAAAGCUAUUCUCAAAAGAGCCAUUUGACUGAACACAUGAGAACACACACAGGUGAAAAACCUUUUAAUUGUUCAAUUUGUGGAAAAAGCUUUUGUCGAAAUAUCCAUUUGACACAACACAUGAGAACACACACAGGUGAAAAACCUUUUAAUUGUUCAGUUUGUGGCAAAAGCUUUUGUCAAAAUAGCUCUGUGACUCAACACAUGAGAACACACACAGGAGAAAAUACAUUUAAUUGUUCAGUUUGUGGCAAAAUCUUUUCUCAAAAUAGCUCUUUGACUGAACACGAGAAGACACACAGGUGAAAAAACAUGUAGUUGUUCAGUUUGUGGCAAAAGCUUUUCUACAAAGAGCCAUUUGACUCAACACAUGAGAACACACACAGGUGAAAAAACAUUUAAAUGUUCAAUUUGUGGUAAAGGCUUUUCUACAAAGAGCC